GGGCGCUUGUGCUGACCCCUUACACUAAGCGCCCACCUGCGGCAAAAGGCCCCUUCUGAGCCGGAGCACCAGGAAGGGGGUAGCAAGCCGCAGUCAGGGCACAGCAGCUGGCUACAGCCAGAGCCACCCUCACUUCCUAGCAGCUGGGGAAACCCCCUCGGCUUGUUCUCGGCUGUGACCCACCGCCAACCUCUCCCCUGAAGCAGACCCGGGGGGAGUAGGAGGGGACUGCACCCGUCGCUCCCCAAAUCAUCCACGGCUCUCGCAGCAGACGCUGGGCGAGCCCGGCGCACCUCCGACCGCCGGGGCUUCCCCACCAUGCCGCGGCAGCCACCGGGAGACCCCUCCCCCCGCGGGCUCCCAGGCCCUGGAAACCCCCAGCGCCCCGCAGCGCAGCAUCCCGCGGCCGGUCACCGCCCCGGCCUGGAGCUGCGGCCCCUGGGCCCGGACGGGGGAGGAGCCUGGGCGGGGCGCGUGAGGGGCUGGGGAAACUCCCCGCGCCCAGCCCGGCUUGACAGGCUCGCUGGAGGCAGCGGCGCGUUUCCGCGGGAGGACGCGGCUGGAGCCAGCAGCGGGGACUCAGCCUCUGGCCCAGCUUCCUGGAGCGGCAGGAUGAAAGACCGGUUAAGUGAACUGUAUGAGUUAGCUAGGCUUUAUAACCAACAGUUUCCUAACAAUGAGGAUGAUGAGAGUUUACCUCAUGAAACCCUCCUGUUUGAGACUGAUUAUGCCCUCGCAGCUCUUUACAAAGAUAUCCAGAGUAUCAGAACGGACAACCUCCACCUGAAAGAGGAUGUCAGACGGCUAGGUAAACAAAAUAAUCGCUUUCUUACCUCCAUGCGGCGUCUUAGUAGUAUCAAACGAGAUACUAACAGCAUCGCCAAAGACAUCAAGGCCCGUGGAGAAGGCAUCCACAGGAAACUCCAGACAAUGAAAGACUUCAACGAAGAUGCAGAAACAAAACAUGGCACGAUGUCUGUCAUAACCCGUGUAUCGAAGAAUCACUAUGUUGACCUCAUGCAUGCCUUUCAGGAAGCCAUGUUUGAGUACAAUGAGGCAGAGAUGAACCAGCGGGAGAACUGCAAGAUUCGGAUCCAGAGACAGCUGGAGAUUAUGGGCAAGGAUGUUUCCGGAAACCAGAUUGAAGACAUGAUCGAGCAAGGCAAGUGGGAUGUUUUCUCUGAGAAUCUCCUGUCUGAUGUCAGAGGGGCUCGUGCAGCAUUGAAUGAGAUAGAGACGCGACACAAAGAGUUGAUGAAGUUGGAGACUCGCAUCAGGGAGGUUCAUGAGCUCUUUCUGCAGGUGGCACUACUGGUGGAGCAACAGGCUGACACCUUUGACAUCAUUCAACUGAAUGUGGAAAAAGUUGAGGACUAUGUCGGAGAGGCUAAAUGUCAGGUGAGGAAAGCUCUGGAAUACAGGAGGAAACACCCUUGUCGAACACUCCUCUGCUGUUGCUUUUCAUGCUGCAAAAGAUGAUUCUCCUACUCAAGCCAUUACAGACCAACUUGAAUGUGCCCUAAGAAUGUACAGUUGAAAUAGUGCUUUUAAAAUGGGCUACUCUUUGGAACAGGGUUGGUUGUGGGAGGUUGGGGUGGUUACCCCUUGUCUUAGACGGAGAUGCCUUAAGCACAUUUAUGUGCUAAUAAAAGCCAAAUGUUGCUUUCCAAUCACUUUUUUAUUAUCUUAAAAAAAAUCAAACCUAACCUAUUUGACUGUAAUCAAGGCUAGAGUGCUUAAGAGAGCCUCAUAAAAUGAUACAUGCUCCAAUCUGACACCACCUAAUUUAAAGAAUGAAUGAAAGGCUCAUAGCCACCUCGUGGUACACCAACACUCAUCCUUCAUUCAGGAAGCUAUUUUCUAUCUUCCACAGUGAGACUGCCUGGGGUACAGCUCUAUUGCUGUAGUGAAGUAAUUCUGUGGUGCUUUGUAAGUUUGCCUACCUUUAGGAAACUUGGAGCACACAUGAUGCAAUCCUUGAGCAAUUCAUUGCCACAUUCAUUUGAAGAAACAGAAGUCUGUUAAACUAUUAACAGAAAAUAUAGAAUUAGUUUCUUAAACCUUUUUUACACAAGGAGCUUGAUUCUGAUCUCACAUUGGUUUUACACCACUGGAACUCCUUUGAAAUGAAUGAAGUGAAUUUUGAUCUAUUCCAGUGUAGAUAAGAUCAAACUUGGUCCCAAGAAGUGGUCAUUCCUUCUCUUCUCCCCCCCCCCCACCCCAAAUCCCUUUCAUCAUGAACACACCAGAAUUUUGACCAGGUCACAGGAAACACUGAAAAAUUAAGACGUCUCCAACUGAUUCUUUACUUUAGUCAUUAAAGAACAUUAAAUAGAGUAUUUAAAGUUUGUAAUGUAGUCUGCUGGAGGACUGAAAAUGGUCAUGGCAAACUUUUCAAAGGUUUUUAGCCCUGUAAAUAAAAUUAAUUCAACUAUCUCCUCUCAAAUGUGAUGGAGGGCAAAUGCAACAUUUUAGAGAUUCACAUGCACACAAAUUUGAAGUUGUAGUGACAGAUUUACCUUGUAAAUAGAUGCUUAUUUUUGUAAGAAAAUGUAUUGAUCUAUUGUGUUUGUAUAUGUUAACAUGAAGGUAUUAAUAACAAUGUUUACUCUGGUUAGUAUAUGAAGACUGAUGGGGCUGCCUUGUGCCUCUGGGACAACUGCACAUUGAAAAGAGAAUAGACCCCUUUAUUCAAUACUUCUGUAUGAGCCAACAUUUGGGAGUCAAAAUGACUUCCUUUUAUUGGAUUUGAAAAGUUUUCCCUCCUCCUUCUAAAACCUUCUCUGACCACAUUAGGUUUGGACAAAAAGGGAGGAAGAGAGAAAUUUAAAGCCAAAUUUUGCAGUCCUUAAUUGAUUACAGUUCCCAUUGGUUUCACUUGAUUGAGAGAUGAAGAAUUUGGCCCUUCCUUUUGAAUAUGCACAAUAUUCCAACUACAGUAUUUCUGAGCAGCUUUCUGCUACAUUGUGAUUUAUUGGUACUUUGAACUCAUACAAGACUUUUUUUUCCAGAAGUUAGUGACUUCAAAGAUCUUCUGUUUGGUUAACUUAUCCCCCUUUUUUGUCCUUUUAAUAAUAUAUUUUAACAUUUCACAUUUGUAUUUUGGUGAUUUCCUGCCUAGAUGCACCCAGCUAUCCUUUUGCACCCUUCAUAAUGAAAAGUGUUUCUGUCUUUUGCACACUAAAUGUAUAUUGCAACAUUCUUUUUAAUUACUUAUAAAACAAUAAGGCCUUGUAAAAACAAAUUGAUACUCACUUCUAAGCUUUCUUUGCCUAGCAAAAACAUGUUUCUUGAUGGUCAGGCUUGCCACAUGGAGGAUGAGAGAGUUAAAUGAACUGUGGACAAGAACUUUUUUUUUCUCAAGUUGAAAGUCACUUUGCUUUGAACUAAAUAUUAUAAGAAGCACCUAUGUCUGUAUUUUCAUGUGUUCAUUAGUUAGAAUUUAUGUAGGGGACGAAUGAGCCUCAAACAAGAGGGUGUUUGUGGUAUACAGUGAAGUCUUAAAGCCAUCAGUGUUAGAUUUGCUUGGGGAAAUUCAAACAAUUCAAACAAUUCAAAUCUGAACUGCAAGGGGGAAGAGAAUGGGAUGUAAAAUGCACUGGCUGGCACCCAUUACUAAUUAAGAGCUGUUGUCAUGUUAAGUAGCACCUUACUCCAUAAGUAGUCCCAAUCACGUCAGUGAGACUGUUCCUGAAGAAAGGUACAUGUACAUGUGCAUGAGGAUAUCAGAAUCUGGACUUAACAGGCCACAAAAACCUCAAUCUAUUUGCUCUGUAUAUUGUAGCUUUUUCCACCACCUUUUAUGAUAGUUAUGUAAAUGUUCUAAUUGUUUUCUGUACAUGUAUGUAUCUAGAAAUGCAAUAAAAGUAUCUCAGCAUAAUGGUGAAGAUACAUAGUCACACCUUGAAUCAGCAGGUCCAAAUAGUUUCUUGCACACUGAUGUUCUGUAGAACUUGGAAAAAGUCACAUUACCAAACUAUUCCUCUUUCAUCAACUCACACGUGUGCCUGAAACAUUAAUGUGAAAAAAGUUCUAUUGUUCCCUUCCACUGUAAUUCACACUAUGUUUUUUCAGAAGAUCUUAAACAUUCAUCCAUUGCAGGAAGUACAAAUUAAAUCUAGCAGUUCUGAGAGAUUCUUAA